CUCAUAGACUCAUCUCACACACACAGACUGUGACUGACUGAUAGAUAGUAUUAUUCAGUUCGAGUUUGAGUGGGUGAGCUACCAAGAACCACCAUGGCCGCCUCAACCGCUCUCAUCUCCUCCACCCCUAGGGCUUUCGCCUCCGCCAAAUCCUCAUCUCUCGCCGCCUCUUCCAUCUCCAAGCCCCAAUCCCAAACCCUAACAUUCCCCAAAUCCUUCACCGGCCUCCGCCUCCCAUCCCCCUCCCGCUCCAUCUCCCUCUCCCGCGGCUCCCAUUCCGCCAAGUCCUUCGCCGUCAAAGCUUCCGCUGAGCUUCCGUUGGUCGGAAACGUUGCGCCGGAUUUUGAAGCUGAGGCUGUUUUUGACCAGGAAUUCAUCAAGGUCAAAUUGUCUGAAUACAUUGGGAAGAAAUAUGUGAUUCUGUUUUUCUAUCCGUUGGAUUUCACAUUUGUUUGCCCAACAGAGAUUACUGCUUUCAGUGACCGUCAUGCUGAGUUCGAGGCACUCAACACAGAAGUCUUGGGUGUUUCAGUCGACAGUGUUUUUUCGCAUCUUGCAUGGGUCCAAACAGAUAGGAAAUCAGGCGGUCUUGGUGACUUGAAGUAUCCAUUGGUCUCUGAUGUCACCAAAUCAAUUUCAAAAUCUUAUGGUGUACUGAUCCCAGACCAGGGAAUUGCAUUGAGAGGACUCUUCAUUAUUGACAAGGAAGGUGUUAUUCAACACUCCACCAUUAACAAUCUUGCCAUCGGCCGAAGUGUGGAUGAGACUAAGAGAACGCUCCAGGCCUUGCAGUUUGUGCAGGACAACCCUGAUGAGGUUUGCCCCGCUGGGUGGAAGCCUGGGGAGAAGUCCAUGAAGCCAGACCCCAAGCUCAGCAAAGAGUACUUCUCUGCAAUAUAGUGGGAGCACACUGCAUAUCUAUGUGAGAUAGGAAGGUGUAAACGAGUUUUGUAUUCAUGUAAUGUCCUUUUCUAGAGUUCUUGGUGAAUUUUGAGCAGCAGAAUGUGAAGAAUAAACCCAAUGUAUUGAACUUGCCCAGUUUUCAGCGCAUUCAAGUAGUAUACAAUUUCAAUCUUCUCACCUCCUUUUUUCUUUUAGCAUAUUUGUGUUCUAAUGAUAUGGUCCAUCUGUGGCAUACUUGUAAGCCAGCAGCACUAAGGAACCAUACAGUGUAACUAAAUCUUAUCAGAAAAUUGUAAGGUGAAGAGAAUAAAAGUAUUUGCCUUUUCUUUUCCUAUUCAGAAUUUGAAGGGAGAAAAAA